GCGUUGCCGCCAUCUUUGUUGAUGUGUCAGCUCCGCGGGGCUUUUGGGAAGCCGCGACCGAGCGAGCGCGGUGUUCGCCCUGUUCCCCACCGCUGCGCCCCACACCUCCUGAUCUUCUGGACCCCGCUAUGGCGAAGUUGUCCCCUGAGGCGGAGCUUCAGCGGCCUCGUUAGGGCUGCGGCCUGAGGCUCGGAGAAGUGGGAUGUAAAACGAAGAUCAGUAAGAGAUUUGAAGAAAUGCAGAGUGAAUUGGUGCCAGUCAGCAUGUCAGAGACAGAGCACGUAGCCUCCAUUUCCUGUGAUAAAAAUAUUGGGAAAACAUCUGAAGUAAAGGAAGACUCAUGCAACUUGUUUUCUGGUGAUGAAAGCAACAGCCUAGAAAAUGAGUCCAAACUGUUGUCAUUAAACUUUGAUAAAACUUUAUGUCAGCCCAAUGAAUACGAUAAUCAAAUUGAAGCACAGGAAAAUUAUAUUCCAGAUCAUGUUGGAGAUGAGGAUUCUUGUGCUCAAACAGACACAUACACUGAAAAUUCUGAACAAAUAGCUAAUUUUCCUGGCGGAGAUUUUACAAAGCAGGUUUCAAAAACAAAUGAAACAGAACAGACAGUAAUACAAAUAUUGGAGGAAUUAAAGUCAUCUACAUUUACAGAAGCAGCUAAUCAAAAGACUUAUUCAGAAAGUCCCUAUGAUACAGACUGCACCAAGAAACUUAUUUCAAAAAUAAAGAAUGUUUCAACAUCAGAGGAUUUGUUGGAAGAGAUAGAAUCUGAGCUCUUAUCUACAGAGUUUGCAGAAGAACACCGAGUACCAAAUGGAAUGAAUAAGGGAGAACAUGCAUUAGUUAUCUUUGAAAAGUGUGUGCAAGAUAAGUAUUUGCAGCAGGAACACACCAUAAAGAAGUUAAUUAAAGAAAAUAAGAAGCAUCAGGAGCUCAUCUUAGGCAUUUGUUCAGAAAAAGACAAUUUAAGAGAAGAACUAAAAAAAAGAACAGAAACAGAGAAGCAGCAUAUGAACACAAUUAAACAGUUAGAAUCAAGAAUAGAGGAACUUAAUAAAGAAGUUAAAGCUUCCAAAGAUAAACUAGUAGCUCAAGACAUUGCAGCUAAAAAUGCAAUUCAGCAAUUACACAAAGAGAUGGCCCAGCGGAUGGAACAGGCCAACAAGAAAUGUGAAGAGGCACGCCAGGAAAAAGAAGCAAUGGUAAUGAAGUAUGUAAGAGGUGAGAAGGAAUCUUUAGACCUUCGAAAGGAAAAAGAGACGCUUGAGAGAAAACUUAGAGAUGCAAAUAAAGAAUCUGAGAAAAACACUAACAAAAUUAAGCAGCUUUCUCAGGAGAAAGGACGGUUGCACCAGCUGUACGAAACAAAGGAAGGUGAAACUACUAGACUCGUCAGAGAGAUAGAAAAAUUAAAGGAAGAUAUCAGCUCUCACAUCAUUAAAGUAAAAUGGGCACAAAACAAAUUGAAAGCAGAAGUGGAUUCACACAAGGAAACCAAAGAUAAGCUCAAAGAAACAACAACAAAGUUAACCCAAGCAAAGGAAGAAGCAGAUCAGAUACGAAAAAAUUGUCAGGAUAUGAUAAAAACAUACCAGGAGUCAGAAGAAAUUAAAUCAAAUGAGCUUGAUGCCAAGCUUCGAGUUACAAAAGGAGAACUUGAAAAACAAAUGCAAGAAAAAUCGGACCAGCUAGAGAUGCAUCAUGCCAAAAUAAAGGAACUAGAAGAUCUGAAGAGGACAUUUAAGGAGGGCAUGGAUGAGCUCCGGACACUGAGAACAAAGGUGAAAUGUCUAGAAGAUGAACGAUUAAGAACAGAAGAUGAAUUAUCGAAAUAUAAGGAAAUUAUUAAUCGCCAAAAAGCUGAAAUUCAGAAUUUAUUGGACAAAGUGAAAAUUGUGGAUCAGAUACAGGAGCAGCAUCAGAGAGGUAAACAAGAAAUUGAAAAUUUGAAGGAAGAAGUGGAAAGUCUUAAUUCUUUGAUUAAUGACCUACAAAAAGACAUCGAAGGCAGUAGGAAAAGAGAAUCUGAGCUACUACUCUUUACAGAAAAGCUCACUAGUAAGAAUGCACAACUUCAAUCUGAAUCCAAUUCUUUGCAGUCACAGUUUGAUAAACUUUCCUGUAGUGAAAGUCAGUUACAAAGCCAAUGUGAACAAAUGAAACAGACAAAUGUUAAUUUGGAAAGUAGAUUGUUGAAAGAGGAAGAACUGCGAAAAGAGGAAGUCCAGGCCCUGCAAGCUGAACUCACUUGUAGACAGACAGAAGUUGAAGCACUGAGUACCCAGGUUGAAGAAUUAAAAGAUGAACUAGUAACUCAGAGACGUAAACACGCCUCUAGUGUCAAGGAUCUUACCAAACAACUUCAGCAAGCACGAAGAAAAUUAGAUCAGGUUGAGAACGGAGGCUAUGAUAAAGAAGUCAGCAGCAUGGGAAGUCGUUCUAGUUCAUCAGGGUCCCUUAAUGCUCGAAGCAGUGCAGAAGAUCGAUCUCCAGAAAAUACUGGGUCGUCAGCUGUGGAUAACUUUCCAGAAGUAGACAAGGCCAUGUUGAUUGAGAGGAUAGUAAGGCUGCAAAAAGCACAUGCUCGGAAAAAUGAAAAGAUAGAAUUUAUGGAGGAUCACAUCAAACAGUUGGUGGAAGAAAUUAGGAAAAAAACAAAAAUAAUUCAGAGUUACAUUUUACGGGAAGAAUCAGGUACACUUUCUUCGGAGGCAUCUGAUUUUAACAAAGUCCAUUUAAGUAGACGGGGUGGCAUUAUGGCAUCUCUGUAUACAUCCCAUCUGGCUGAUAGUGGAUUGACGUUGGAACUCUCCUUGGAGAUCAACCGGAAAUUACAGGCUGUUUUGGAGGAUACGUUACUAAAAAAUAUUACUUUGAAGGAAAAUCUACAAACACUUGGAACAGAAAUAGAACGUCUUAUUAAACACCAGCAUGAACUAGAGCAGAGGACAAAGAAAACCUAACACAAAGCUCUUGCUCCGUGAACAGGUGACGAAAGCCACACAAGGAACAGGUGCCACUGCCCAGUGUCGUGGGAAACUUUUCCCUGUUUUGUGUGUCAACCAGUAAAAAAUUUGUUUUGCUCUAUCUGUAUAAAAAAGUAUCCUUUUACAAUACGAACGCGUUGCUGUUACUGUGAGAGUAAGCUUUGAUGAAAUUUGUUUUUGUAUGGUGACAGCCUGCCAUUGGAUCAGAACAACUUAAUUUACUAACAGUCAUAUGAAGUGCUGAACAUUGCUACAAGGGCUUUUGAAAACCCCUUCUCCAUAUUUCUUCCCUGUAAAAUACAUGUCAAAAAUGAUUCAGCUUUUUAAAAUUAUGCAUGAAAGGACAGGUAUUCAGUAAUAUGCUUUUUUUCCAACAUGAAGAAAACUAAAGAAGUGAUAAAAAUUUUCAUUGUGACAUUCCAGGAUAACAUUUGGUUGUGUUUUAGGGAUGCCAUUGAGUCUUUAAAUCUUUUAAUUUUAAUGGAAGCUGAUAGGAAAGCUAGCUCUUGGUAACUGGCAAUGAUCAGGCAUUAUAUGCCUCUGUCAGAUUUCCUUACCUGUGCUAGGUACAUUUUUUCAGAUUUGAAUUGUUUGAGUUAAUAGUUGAGUUUUUCUAAUCUUCAGUUACUUAAAAUAUGAUUUUAAAUAACAUGCCCAUUUAGAAAAUUCCUGUGGACUUCAGUUGUAUUUUAAAAUGUGAAAUGGAUUAGUCAUUAGAACAGAGAGAUGAAUAAUGAAUUCUUUGAAACUGAAAUACUUUAGUUUUUACUGACAUCAAGUAUAAAGAUAAAUGUUGAAGAUAUUUAUAAAGAACCAGUUUCCAAGAGAAUGCCGCAUAUGGCACUGCUAACCAUUUCAUUUGAGCACCGUUCUUUACUGUUGAUAUAUAUUAUAGUGGAGUGAUCUCAUAGUCCCCAAAUGUGGUGUGUUGCAGUAUAUGUAUUUAAAACACAAAAUAAUUACAUUUUUGUAACCAAAGAAAUUUUAGAGCCAAACUUAUGUAUCCUGUUGGAUUUAUACAAUAUUUAUUUAAGAUGUGCACUUAAAUGUUGCCAGUCAUAGUAUUAGUAUUUCUGUCAUUGA